AUGAUGAAGUGCAACCGCGUCAUGCCGGAUCUCGUUCCGCAGCUGAGCAUAGUCGAUUGCCAGGGAGACGGUUACCGCGCAGACUCUCUCGACGACGACGAGGGAGGAAGCUACAACUCCGAAGAAGAAGAGAUCAUUAUCGAAUGUGCAGGGAGAUUCACGAAUGUUCACAGAGAUUCUCGAAUGUGCACGGUGAUUCUCGAAUGUGCACGGAGAUUAUUGAAUGUGUACGGAGAUUAUCGAAUGUGUAUGGAGAUUAUCGAAGAUGCACAGCGAUUAUCGAAGGAGUGCUGCAAUUGCAUCUACCCGCCGUGGAUGCCAGAGCUGCCUCGCUGGGUGAGGAAUCGCAAAGACCACGCGCUGUUCCUGCUGGAUGAGGAGCACUUGGUGAUAAGCCGCGCUCCGGGACUGAAGCUGGUCGUACAGACUCUACUCUCGUCGCUACGACCCAUCGGUAACAUCGUUCUCAUCUGCUGCACCUUCUUCAUCAUCUUCGGCAUCCUCGGAGUGCAGUUGUUCAAGGGCAAAUUCUUCUACUGCGACGGGCCGGAUGUGCAGCACGUACGCAACAAAACCCAGUGCCAGCAGGACAGUAGGAACGAGUGGCAGAAUCAGAAAUACAACUUCGACAACCUUGGCCAGGCGCUGAUGGCUCUGUUCGUGCUCUCCUCGAAGGACGGAUGGGUGCAGAUCAUGUACACAGGCAUCGAUGCUGUCGGUAUAGAUCAGCAGCCGAUCGAGAACUUCGACGAGUGGCGCCUCUUAUAUUUCAUCUCCUUCCUGCUAUUGGUCGGCUUCUUCGUGCUCAACAUGUUCGUCGGCGUCGUCGUCGAAAACUUCCACAAGUGUCGCGCGACUCAGGAGCGCGAGGAGAGGGCGCUGAGGGAGGCGAAGCGACAGCGCAAGCUGGAGAAGCGGAGGAAAAAGCUGAAGGAGCCGCCAUAUUACAUCAACUUUUCGCCCGCUCGCUUCUUCAUCCACAACAUCUGCACGAGCAAGUACUUCGACCUCGCCAUCGCCGCCGUCAUCGGUCUCAACGUCAUCACCAUGGCGAUGGAGUUCUACAUGAUGCCAGACCAACUGGUCUAUGCACUGAAGAUCUUCAACUAUUUCUUUACGUCUGUGUUCAUCCUGGAAUCAAUCGUGAAGUCGGUGGCUCUUGGUGUUCGACGGUAUUUCUCCGAUAGUCACUAUGCGUUGCUCAAGCUGCUAAAGAUGGCCAAAGGCAUCCGAGCUCUGUUGGACACGGUUAUGCAGGCGCUUCCACAGGUGGGCAACCUAGGCCUGCUCUUCUUCCUCCUCUUCUUCAUAUUUGCUGCCCUCGGCGUGGAGCUCUUCGGUAGACUAGAGUGCUCAGACGAACAUCCCUGUGAGGGUCUUAGCGACCACGCCCACUUCAAGGAGUUUGGCAUGGCGUUCCUUACGCUAUUUCGAGUAGCAACCGGUGACAACUGGAACGGCAUCAUGAAGGACACACUGAGAGACGGCUGCAACGCGGAGUCAAACUGUACAGUCAACUGCUGCGUCAGUCCGUUCAUCGCACCCAUCUACUUCGUGAUAUUCGUUCUCAUGGCACAAUUCGUCCUGGUGAACGUCGUCGUCGCCGUGCUCAUGAAGCAUCUCGAGGAGUCGCACAAGCACAUGGACGACGACGCCGAGCUGGAGGCUGAGAUCAAAGCCGAGCUCGAAGAUCUACGCCGUGAGGAGCUCCGCCGUGAGGCGAGCCGCGAGCAGGAAUCGUCGGCAGGCGACAGCAACAACCGCGACAACGGCGAGAACGGCAGUUGCCAUGACAACGGCGCGCAGGGCAACAACGACGAAGAUGCGAAGGACGACAAGAGGAGGAGGUCGGUGGAGAGGCAGUCGUCUCUGCCCUCCGGCUUCACGUACUGUGUUCGACCUCCGAGUCCGUAUCCACAACACAAGGUGCUACCCGAAGAAGCCGAGGAAUCAGCUUCGCCUAGCGACAUCUACCUUGAAGAGAAUGAACUAUCACUGGCGACCAGCUCCCAGUGCACCCCGGUCCUGCACAGAGACCCCGCCGACAGCGACGCGCCAAGUGGCGCCCCCACCGACACCGACUCGGCAGGUGGUGCCACCGUGGAUAGCGAGCCGACGGCCGACGGCCACGCGUCACUCGCGGACGUGACGUCAUGCGGCCACAGCAACAGCUCUGGCGGCAGCAGUGGUGGGAGCGGCGGCGGCGGCGGCGGGGGGAGCGUGACGCCGUCGCCGCAGCGCAAGCAUCCACACAACGUGAGCAAGCGGAGCCUGCCGGACCGGCUGCGUGUGCCCCGCAGCGCGGCGCGCCCGCACCGCAGCGUGCCCAACGUCUACGACUACUCCAACUACCUGGACGCGUCGCUCGUGAGGGCGCUGCAGCAGGCACGCCGCAGCGCGGGGCGCGACGGGAAGACAGACGCGCGCACUACGGUGUCGCCAUCUGGCGUCGACGUUUUGCGCGGCGACACAUUGCGGAUGGACGCCGACCAGACUGAGAGCACAUCUCGCCGGGGGGCACCGUGUGCGGUCGCGCCCACGCCGGCGGUGCUGGCGGAGACGGCGCAUCGUGGCGCCGCCCUGGCGGCGGCCAACAGAAACGACCAGUCGUGUGAUUCCGGUGCGGACGCUCAGAAGACGGUGCCGACGGACACGCUGCCGGGCGUCUGCGUAAAACCAUUGUCGGCGGGCAAAUACGUGUUGUCGGGCGACGAGCACCCGACAGCGCCCCCUGGUAGAGUCGGCAAUCACGUAGAUUCGCGACAUAAUUGUAAGCCAAAGCGUGACGACACUUCGAGACAUUGUGAUAACGAUAGCGAAUCGAUCGCGCCCGACGACGCGACGGGAUUACACGAUUCGCUCCCGGCCGGACAGAUGGCGCCACAGAGCAUGCGCGAGGGCGUUUUGUGA